CGGCCCCUGACGCGAGCUGCCAGAGCGCCCCCUUGAGGCUCGGAGGGACCGGGAGGAAAACGACCGGCCCCGUUCCCGGAGGUCCGAAAUAGUGCGGGGAGAGCACCGACAUGGCGAGGUUCUAUGGAAGUACCCACAGCCCAUGUUUUCCCAGGCAACACGCAAAGACGUUGUGGUAUGACCGCCCGCGGUAUGUUUUCCUGGAGUUCUGCGUGGAGGACAGCACAGAUGUUCAGGUCAUCAUCGAGGAUCACCGAUUGGUGUUCAGUUGCAGAAACGCAGAUGGAGUAGAAUUCUACAAUGAGAUCAAUUUGUAUGCCAGAGUGAACUCCAAGGACUCACGAGAGAAGCGCUCUGACCGCUCCAUCACGUGCUUUAUGAGGAAGUGGAAAGAGAAAGUGGCCUGGCCCCGCAUCACCAAGGAAAACAUCAAGCCAGCCUGGCUCUCCGUUGACUUUGACAACUGGCGAGACUGGGAAGGGGACGAGGAGGUGGAGAGGGCCAUGGUGGAGGAGUAUGCAGAGCUCCUGCAGAAGGUGACGGACAAAGCCCCUCCUCCGACCAUGGAUGACCUGGAUUUCGCCACGAGGGUGGUGUCGUGCCGGGAGGCCGAGCUGCGGCCCGAGGGCGGCGGGGAGCCGACGCGCGGCUUCCAGGUGGUGCUGGAGGACACGAUCCUCUUCCCCGAGGGCGGCGGGCAGCCCGAUGACCGCGGCCUUAUCGGCGCCGUCCCGGUGCUGCGCGUCACCCGGCGCGGCGCCCAGGCCGUACACUUCGUGGAGACGGCGCUGGAGCCGGGCAGCGCCGUGCUGCUGUCGUUGGACUGGGAGCGCCGCUUCGAUCACAUGCAGCAGCAUUCGGGACAGCACCUCAUCACUGCCAUGGCAGAGCGGAUGUUUGGAUUCAAAACAACUUCAUGGGAGCUGGGCCGGCAGCAGAGUGUCAUUGAGCUGGACACCCCUUCCAUGACCACAGAGCAAAUGGCAGCGCUGGAGCAGAGCGUGAAUGAGAAGAUCCGAGAGAGGAUACCUGUGACAGUGCGGGAGUUGGCUGCAGAUGACUCUGAGAUUGAAACAGUGAGAAGCCGUGGCUUACCAGGUGACCACACGGGGCCAGUUCGAGUUGUAGACAUUGAAGGCAUAGACUCCAACAUGUGCUGCGGGACUCAUGUCUCCAACCUGAGUGACUUGCAGGUUAUUAAACUUCUUUGCACAGAGAAAGGGAAAAAGAACAAAACCAACUUGGUUUUCCUGGCAGGAAAUAGAGUGCUGAAGUCAGUUGAACAAAGUCACCAUACUGAGAAGGCCCUGACCUCACUGCUGAAAAAUGGACCAGGUGAGCAUGUAGAGGCCGUGAAGAGAUUGCAGAGUUCUGUGAAACUGCUUCAGAAGAAUAAUUUGAACCUGCUAAGAGACAUUGCUGUUUUGAUAGCCCGGGAUUUCAAAAGCAAACCUGUUCAAAGUCCGCUGUUUGUGUUACACAGGAAAGAGGGUGACUCUGAGUUUAUGAACAUCAUUGCUAAUGAGAUUGGGAAAGAGGAAAUCCUGCUGUUCCUGACUGUGGGAGAUGAAAAAGAAGCAGGACUCUUUCUUCUAGCUGGCCCUGUUGAAGCAGUUGAGAAUUUAGGUCCCAGGGUGGCAGAGCUGCUGGAAGGCAAAGGAGCUGGGAAGCGAGGCCGCUACCAGGGCAAGGCAACCAAGAUGAGUCGUCGAGGAGAAGUGCAAUCUCUGCUCCAAGAAUUCAUCAGUCAACAGAGAGAUGAAGCAUAAAGAAAGAAUUUUAAAAGUAGGGCUGUCAUCCCUGCUUUGUAUGAUCUCCACUAAGUUCUCUCUCAGAAAAUAAAGACAAAAAAAAUCUCAUGUAAAA